GGAUGUGUGGUGGAUAGGAGGCGGAAGCUUUGUGUGCGCUUGCUCUGCCUGUGUGUGUGUGUGGAGACGUGCAGAAUGGCUCAUCGUUCUCCCCAAUGCAAGCCUGCAAACCCCUCCAACCCGCGGGUCUUCCUGGACGUGAGCGUGGGGGGCGAGUCAGUUGGACGGAUAGUUCUGGAGCUAUUUGCAGAUGUUUGUCCUAAAACAGCUGAGAACUUCCGUGCAUUGUGCACCGGAGAGAAGGGAUUUGGACCAACUACCGGAAAACCUCUCCAUUUCAAAGGAUGCCCCUUCCACAGGAUUAUAAAGAAGUUCAUGAUUCAGGGAGGAGAUUUUUCCAAUCAAAAUGGAACUGGAGGUGAAAGCAUCUAUGGCGAGAAAUUUGAAGAUGAAAACUUUAAAUACCAGCAUGAUCAAAUAGGACUGCUCAGCAUGGCCAAUGCUGGAGCAGACACCAAUGGUUCGCAGUUUUUCAUCAUUACUGUGCCUACUCCUCAUCUGGACAACAAACAUGUGGUUUUUGGUCGGACCCUGAAAGGAUUGGGAGUGAUAAAGAUGCUGGAAGACACUGAAGUGAAAGAUGAAAAGCCCGUAAAGCAAUGUAUUAUAGAAAACUGUGGAGAACUUAAAGAAGGAGAUGAUUUGGGUCUAGCUCCUGCUGAUGGAUCAGGGGAUGCAUAUCCAGAUUUCCCCGAGGAUAUUGAUGGAGAUUUAAAUGAUGUUGAUACUAUUUUUCGGAUCGCAGAAGACUUAAAGAAUCUUGGAAAUAACUUCUUUAAAUCCCAGAACUGGAUUAUGGCAGACCACAAAUACUCCAAGGCGUUAAGAUAUAUAGGUGCACUAAGAGAUGGAAUUAAUCAAGAACCAGGAGAGAAGGCAGUUAAAAAUCUGGACGGUGUUGCACUGAGCUGUCAUCUGAACAUAGCUGCGUGCAAGUUGAAACUAUGUGACUGGGAUGGUGCCAUUCAACGCUGUGAUGAGGCUCUGGCAAUUAAUCAAUCAAACACAAAGGCACUUUACAGAAGGGCUCAGGCUUGGCAAGCAAAGAAGGAUUACGAUCAGGCACUGAAUGAUCUUAAGAAGGCUCUGGAUAUAACACCCGAAGACAAAGCUGUAAACAAUGAAAUACUCAGAGUGAAGCAAAAGAAAAAGGAACUAAAAGAGAAGGAAAAAGCAACUUAUGCAAAAAUGUUUGCUUAAUAAUCGAAUUUUUGUUUACAGUCCUGAACAGCCCCGGGUUUAUUUUGGGAAUAAUUUUGAGUGCAUUGAUGUGUGAGCCUGUAGCUUGUUUGUCGGAGAAUAUCUAUUGUCGAAAAAAACAAUAGAGUUUAGAUGGUGGGUAAACAUUUGGAUUUAGCUGCACUACUUGUAAUAGAAUUGUUAAAAAUAUUAAAAUAAAUAUCGAAAACAAAGGUCUGAACUGUU